AUGCAGCGUUUGUCAGCAACGUUGUACCGGAAGGUUGCUCGUCCGGCGUGUGACGUGUUCAUCAACCACCGUGGGAUCGACACGAAGCGAAACAUCGCCGGGCUGUUGUACGACAGCCUCACGAGGAAUGGUGUAAGAUCUUUCUUGGACAGCAAGAAUAUGAAGCCUGGGGAUAGACUCUUUGAUCACAUUGAUAGGGCUAUUGUUGGAAGCAAGGUUGGUGUUGCCGUCUUCUCUCCUCGCUAUUGCGACUCCUAUUUCUGUCUCCAUGAGCUCGCUCUGCUCAUGGAGUCCAGAAAGAGGGUCGUUCCCAUCUUUUUCGACGUCAAACCUUCGAAUCUUCGUGUUAAGGAUAAUGGAACUUGUCCUCCUAACGAGCUUCGAAGGUUUGACUUGGCUCUCCAGGAAGCUAAGAACAUUGUGGGUUUAACCUUUGAUUCUUCUAAAGGGGACUGGUCGGAGUUGUUAAGGGAUGCUUCGGACGCAGUGAUGGUGAACUUGAUGGAGGUAGAGGAAGAAAGAAAGCGCAUGAAGACGAGGGUGUAAUUGUGAUACAGUGGAAACUCAG